AUAGUAGUUCCUUUACAUAAAGAAUCGUCAUAAAUUACAUUUGGAAAAUAACUCUGAAAAAAUUAAUAAAACAGAGACCUGAAAUAGAAGCAGUUACAAUGGACCUCUGCGGAUACAAACACCGCCACGUCCACCGCCACCCACCGUCUCCUUCCACCACUUUCCUCCACUAAUAUCUUCAAUUUUCCGAUCAUUCACCACAACAAUCACACGAUGCGCUCCUUAUUCCGAUCUAAACAACUCCAAUUCUCAACAACUGAUAACAUCAAACACCUUCAUUCUCCUUCAAACAAGUUAGGUUUCGGUAUUAGAACCGUUUUCACCACCUCUAGAGCCGUGCUUUUGCCGCGCUUCGGUUCCGCUGAUGUUCUAGAAGUGCGUGAUGAUGUUCGUGUUCCUGAUCUCAAGCCGAAUGAGGUCCUCGUUCGAGCUCGCGCUGUUUCGGUUAAUCCGCUUGACACUAGAAUGCGAGCAGGCUACGGUCGUUCUCUAUUUGAGUCACUUCUUCCUUUAAUUUUGGGGCGUGAUGUUAGUGGUGAAAUUGCCGCAGUUGGACACUCUGUUAAGACUCUUAAGGUUGGGCAAGAAGUUUUUGGGGCACUGCAUCCAACGGCUGUGAGAGGUACUUACACUGAUUAUGCCAUACUCUCAGAAGACCAGCUUACGCAAAAACCAGCAACACUCUCACAUGUGGAAGCAAGUGCAAUUCCCUUUGCUGCACUGACAGCAUGGCGUGCUCUUAAAUCAACUGCCAGGAUAACUAAGGGGCAGAGGGUACUAGUGGUGGGUGGAGGAGGAGCUGUAGGUUACUCUGCAGUUCAGCUAGCGGUUGCAGCUGGCUGUGCGGUUUCCGCUACAUGUGAAAGUGAAAGCAUAGACCGCCUUUUGGCAGCUGGUGCUGAACAGGCACUCGACUAUACUUCAGAGGAUCUCGAAGUAACCUUGAAAGGGCAAUACAAUGCUGUCUUAGACACAAUUGGUAUACAACAAACGGAGCGCAUGGGAAUUAAUUUAUUAAAAAGAGGUGGACAUUAUAUGACACUACAGGGUGAGUCAGCAUCGUUAGCUGAUAGGUAUGGCCUAGCCAUCGGCCUUCCAACUGCCACCGCCAUUUUACUGAAGAAACAGCUGCAAUAUAGAUUAUCUCAUGGAAUAGAAUAUUAUUGGACAUACAUGAGGACGGAUGCAGAAGGUUUAGAAGAGAUUCACAGGCUGACUGCAGCUGGAAGGCUGAAAGUACCUGUUCAAAAAACAUUCCCGAUAACACAAGUUCGUGAGGCACAUGAUGCCAAAGAUAAAAGGACAAUUCCCGGUAAAGUUGUUCUUGAAUUAGAUUGAUAUACUUACGUUUUUGAUGGAUUUGUUAUUUAAGUAAUCAGAUGCAAAAAAUGGGACCGCUUUCUUUCGGGUUUCUCUCUCUCUCCAAUUUAUGCAAUAAUAUAAGCCUUUUGUUGUAAGAAACAUAGGGUUUGUACUUGUACGGAGUUGUACAUAGAUAUUUAAAUGCA